AUGGAUGGCGGGUCGACGGGAAUACGUCAGGGGUUUAUCUGCCCGUUUUGCCUCGUUGAUCUCGGCAGCUACAACGCCCUAGCAGCCCACGUUGAAAAUGACCACCCGGAAGAUGCGAAUACCCCUGCUGUCGAGCAGCUCAAAGGCUUUUUCGACAAAGCGAAACGCAGCAUCAAACGUUUCGACCCGGGGCUUGACAUUGAGAAUUUGCGAGGUCGUGUCUCCAGCGGGUUGACGGCCGUCGCCUCGUCGAGCAGUAUGACGCAGAUUGACGAAACGAGCCCCAAGCAGACCCAUCAGAAUACGCCAACAACCACCCGCAGCAACGAUCCCACUCCCCGGUUUGAAGCUAAAUCAAAAUCACGCGAAAGGGAACUGCGCCAACGUGCCCGGCGACCUGAAUUACCACCCUACCGGCCGGAAAUAGGCGUCACACAAAAGCACACUGAGUAUUACGUCCGAUGUCGCGAGGCCUCCGUCAACGAUCUUGCUGUCCGGACGAACACGUUGAUCAUAAGGAUGGACAAAUUGAUAAACGAAGCACCAGCGGAUCCAGCAAAACGGAAAGGAAAGUUGACUAACCCAGCCCUGGCUGCUGCUAUGCAAGACGAGGAUGAGGAGAGUGCUAAAAAGGCCGAGGUUCGUUCGCUGGAAAAACUGGCAGAUUUGGCGCAGCGCACCAGUGGCCAUCUACGAGGAUUGAUUGGAAGCUCGAAGGGGAGCCGUGAUGGUACAGAAGAUGCUGCUGAGCAACUGCGUGUUUGCGUACCAUGUCUAUCACUGCUUGAGAAGCGAGAACUGCAGAUGGAAGCGCGCAAUCCGCCGGCCCUGGUAUCCAUCUACGAACGACUGAUCAUCCUACUAAACGAAAUCUCAAACCUCUCGCCGGCCUACGCAAAGAUGGCGUCCAGCAUAAAUAACGGCGAAGCACUCUAUUCUCUCAGCUCGGCCGAGGAGAUCCGCUCAAAAAUUGCGAGGAAGCAGCAAGAGAUCGACUUGAUCAGCAAAUCGAUCGAGGGCGACGAAACCGAAAAUAUGGGAUUCCGUGAGCGACAAUUACGCAAAAAUAUACGCUUUGUUGCUAUACAAACACUUCAGAAUGUGAUUUCUAACAUGCAAGGGCUCCCGACGGCUGAGAAAUAUGCUGAACUGGCUGAGCUUCACCGUCGAAAGGUGGCUCGACAAGUGGAAGAGCAACGUGCAAUCGCUCAGCGGGCAGCGACUACGGCUGCGCGGGCAAUCCGCUCGGACACAUCGUCCCCCGAAGCAAUUCCUGCGGCAAAAAUGACUCCCAGCUCGUCUUUUAUCGGUCGAUCUGUUGAUGAUGGGUGGACUCCGGAACUGUCGCACAGUCUGCAUAACAAUCCUUUCGCCGAGCAGGUGGAGCAGAAGCAUCCUCUCGAGGAGCAACGUGAUAUAAUCAAAGGGUAUUUGUCGCAAGCGGCCGCUGCCGGACGUCUGGAAGAGGUCGAAAUGCUAGAACGAAACCUGCGUGAUCUGGAGAUUGCGAUGCGCGAGCACCAAAUCCAUACCCCA